AUGGGUAUUAGCAUUUCGAAGCUAUUCGAUCGGAUAUGGGGGAAGAAGGAGAUGCGAAUCCUCAUGGUUGGUCUUGAUGCUGCCGGAAAGACCACCAUCUUGUACAAGUUGAAACUCGGUGAAAUCGUCACUACCAUCCCUACCAUUGGUUUCAACGUCGAGACUGUCGAAUACAGGAACAUCCAGUUCACCGUGUGGGAUGUUGGUGGUCAGGAUAAGAUCCGUCCUCUCUGGAGGCAUUAUUUCCAGAAUACCCAGGGUAUCAUCUUCGUUGUCGACAGCAACGAUCGCGACCGUAUUGUCGAGGCCCGGGAAGAAUUGCAGCGCAUGCUGAACGAAGACGAACUCCGCGAUGCCCUUCUCCUUGUCUUUGCUAACAAGCAAGAUCUACCUAAUGCCAUGAGCCCUGCCGAGAUCACCCAGCAGCUUGGUCUACAGAGUCUCACCCGCCGUGCUUGGUUUAUCCAAUCCACUUGCGCCACCACUGGUGACGGAUUGUACGAAGGUCUGGAGUGGCUCGCAAAUACCCUCAAGAGGACCAACCAUGACUAG